AUGGCCUUCUUCCAGAAGGAACUCGUACUGCUGCUCGCAAUGUCCAUGACGCGACGCCAACGCGAGAUUAUUCUUGCACUGUUGGCUGAGCGAGUCGUGGAACGUCCAUUAAUCCCGGCUGUUCGCUUCUCGAUAGACGCAAUGACGGACGCGAACGCACUGUUGGAUUAUCGGUUCGACGUUGCCGGCAUCAAAGAGUUGGGCUUUGUCCUUGGUCUAUCCGCUGUAAUUGUCAUCGAGACGAGAAAUCGAGUUCACCGAGAUGAAGCAAUGUGCAUCGUGCUGGGCCGUUUGACUUUUCCGAUCACGAUCCCCCUUGUGCGAAAUCUUUCUCACGUCAUCAACGAACUAUACGACCGGUGGGGCUCGCUGCUCUACCUCAACAAGAAGUUGCUUGCCCAGAACAUGGAUCGGUACUGUGACGCUGUAACUGCCAAGGGGGCGCCGUUGUCCAACGUGUUCGGUUUUAUCAACGGCACGAAGCUCCAGACGUGCCGCAUAUCCUCGACCGGCACUGGCGAAAACUUGCAGCGGCAAGUUUACAGUGGUCACAAUAGAAUCCACUGCCUCAACUACCAGGCAGUGACGGCACCCGAUGGCAUUUGCUUGCACUUUUGGCCCCGUUGA